AUGACUCCUUAUUUGCGGAACUCAAAACACCGUUCUUCGCGUCCUCGGGAUAGAAGUUGGGUAAACCCGUUGUAAACUUUUCGACAGCUUUCAGGCCAUGUAAAUCAUCUCAAGGAGACGCUGCAAAAGCUUCAAAUCAGUCAAAGAAAUGUGACACCUGGUGUAUGAGAUUUUAAUGUUUCGGUCAUCGUUCUUCUGAAAGCAGGAGAAAAACCCCCAUCUGUUGCAGACGACUUUUUUUUUCCUGUGGAGUCUGGCGAUUGUUACUGUCGUCAUAUAAAAACUGGAAUCUGCGUGGUAAACCCCAUGAUAUGGAAAAAGACAGAAUAAGUCCAAGUUUUUGGAGAAAAAUUGUGUACAUUCUGGAGUGCAAAACUUGUGGAGAACUAGUGUGUCGACGGGCUAUGCGAGCUAUCCUGCUUGCGGAUAACACAAUAUCGUUGUUUUCCACUGAUGCACCUGACCCAACUGCAAUUGCUGCCAUUCCAGACAUCUUUAUAACAGCACACUGUCUCUGCAAGAUACAGAAUAUAGCAUGCCUUUGUUGUGGAAGUUUAGUUGGAUACCAUGUGGUCACACCUUGUGAAAAAUGCAUGCGUUCCUGCAACAAUGGUCAUUUCUGGAUGUUUCACAGUUCUUCAGUUUCAUCAUUUGGUAGGAUGAAUGAGAAAGAUGAUGAUUACAUGAUCUGGAAAGAGCUGCCAGCAGAGGAAGAAGAUGAUUUCCCAUCUGGAGAAUGUUGUCGGUGAACAGUAAUGAUGAACAUAAUUUGCCAUUGUUUCUGAUCUGAAUAAUUCAUCAGCAGUUGUCCAUCUCCACAUCUAAUUGAAUGUAAGAAAUGUGCAAUGACAGAAAUUUUGACAUGUAUAGAUGGAAAUAUAUUCUCAGGAACAGGAUUUCAGUUAUGCUUGAUAUAAUCUAUAAUGUGAAUCUUCUACACUGAGACAGAAACUAUCAAGGUUAGAUACAUUUUAUUGUUAUUGCUUGCUUAUUUCUAUCUUGAUUUCUGCAACAUGUCUGCACAAAUGUUUUCUAGCAGCAAGUCUUUGAAGCUGUUUAGUGAAAUUGAUAAUCAUGGAAAGCCUUAAGUGGAACUGUCAACUUGUGGUGUCAUCUUUUCCACCAAAUCGAAAGCUGAAGAGCUAAAGCAACUGUUUUUUGUGUACACUGUUCUUGGGCUUAGAGUUAUAGAAAUUAGUGGUAAGGGUGCCUUAUUCUUAGAAACAGUUUUGCUGGGUUAUUUAUUUCAUGAUACUUGUGCACUUUUUAUGAUACAGAUGUCUCUCUGGUCACCUUGACUUUCUCCUGUUUGCAACUGUUAAAAGAUAGUAGAGAGAUAUUGUUUCCAAAACACAAAUCUUACUUAGCUGGUAGCCAGUCUUAGCUCACCUUCUAAUGUUUCACUAAGUUAGAAACAAGAAGUUAUUAAUUUUUUUUAAAUUAUUAGUUUUGAUACUGGGUUAAAAAAUCUAUAUAUAUUGGAAAGUUCCUGAGAGAUAUAAAUGGCAUAUCAAGUAAAAGUUUUUAUCAUAAUUAUUCAUACUUUAUAUUAGAGUUUAAAAAAAAAUUGAAGUAAAUGUAUUUAAAGAGAAAUGAGUCUGAAGUAGAAAAAUGCAAAACAGUACAUAAACUUUGACAGUACAAAUACUAGUUGUACAACUUAAACAGGAUGAAAACAAACUACACAUAAUUUUUACAUAUAUAAAGAAAAAAAUUUGAUGAAGUUAACUAGGAUCAAAGGUAUCAGUAGUGGUUGAGGACAAGCCAGGUAUGUUUUAAUUAUGCAGAACAUAAAAAGUCCUGAUUUGUAUGUGGUUAGCAUAACUGGUAAAUAAGAGUUAUUAACAGCUUUUGCGAAUAUGCAUCAUUGAUUUGGGGGAAUGAAGUGUCCAUUUCCCAUUAUACUUAGAGUGUGAAAGUUAAAUCAUUUGCCCAAUGAUAUCUGUGUAUGACAGUAAAAAGCUUACUUUCAUUUAUGGAAAAGAAAAAAAUAUUUUUGCAAGAAAAUGUGUGAUAUUUGCUAUUGAUAACAUUCAGCAGGAAGAAGAAUACCACUAAAUAAUUAAUAACAGUGUUUUAAAGUAUUCUUUAUAAAGUAAUGUUAAAGUGAAACUAGUGUGCUUUAAAUUCUUGUAUUAAGCCAUUAGUAAACUAAAGUUCUGUCAUACAUUGUAAUCUUUUGAAUAUAGAGUUGAUCUACUCUGGGACAUGCAGGUAUACCUCUUCAACAACUAUUCAAAAGUGGAAGGAUGCUUCUAAGGAUUUUUAUUAUCAACACUUAAAAAGUGUGUAAAGUUUUUGAAAAGAAUCUGUGGGGUGUCUUCACUGAAGGAAAUGUCUGUUUGAAUUGUUAGUAGAAAUAAUACUAAUAUCUUCAUGCCUAAAAGCAGCUGUACGAACAUAGAAGUACAAACAUUUAUGCACAAAGGAAUAUGCAUUCAGAUGCAUAAAUACAGAUUUCUUUUGCUAGUAAAAAGAUGGAAUAUUUUAGAGAUGUUUUAUCAUCAAAGAUAUAAACUGGUUCAUUUCCUCUUUUUUCCGUUUGCAUAUCCCUAAGCCUUCUGUGAUGUAUACAUUAUUAUUGAUUUUUUUUCACUUUAGAUGUGAUGCUUAUUUUUUUGUUUGUUUAACAUACCUGUAUUGUGGUACACCAAUUUUUGUAUCAUUCAAAUCUUAUAAAAAUUAAUUAUACAUUUUUUUUUCUGGGCAGGGAAGAACAUACCUCCCUGUACUCAUUAGCAGAUAUGUAGGGCACUUGUUCUCAUCCCGAUAAGUGAACAAACUUGCAGACCUUCAUUGGUUUAACUAAUGUUAUAAUAAAGCAGUUUUCUGCUAAAAGUGUGUAUUUCUGUGCAGAGUGAUGCAGAGUACUGCUUGAUGGUAUUCUGCUUUUUAGCAGCUUAUUUUAUGGUCACAUGAUAAAUACUUAUUAUUUUGCAAGCUGUGCAUUAUGUAUAUAAUACACAUACAUGGUGUCAGACAUAAAGUUUAUCAAAUGUU